AUGACUACAUCAGAAAGCGCUACAGGUGAGACUCGAAACAUGAAUACAUCAGAAAGCGCUGCAGGUGAGACUCCAAACAGGAAUACAUCAGAAAGCACUGCAGGUGAGACUCCAAACUGGAAUACAUCAGAAAGCGCUGCAGGUGAGACUCCAAACAUGAAUACAUCAGAAAGAGGUACAGGUGGGACUCCCAACAUGAAUUCAUCAGGAAGCGCUACGGGUGGGACUUCUAACACGACUACAUCAGAAAGCGCUACAGGUGAGACUCGAAACAUGAAUACAUCAGAAAGCGCUGCAGGUGAGACUCGAAACAUGAAUACAUCAGAAAGCGCUGCAGGUGAGACUCCAAACAGGAAUACAUUAGAAAGCGCUGCAGGUGAGACUCCAAACAUGAAUACAUCAGAAAGAGGUACAGGUGGGACUCCCAACAUGAAUUCAUCAGGAAGCGCUACGGGUGGGACUCCUAACAUGAAUACAUCAGAAAGCGCUAAAGGUGACACUCGAAACAUGAAUACAUCAGAAAGCGCUGCAGGUGAGACUCCAAACAUGAAUACAUCAGAAAGAGGUAUGGGUGGGACUCCCUACAUGAAUACCGUACAUCAGAAAUGUGUGGUAUGCCCAUCAAUAAUUCGUCAGAAAAAGCUUUCAAUGGGAUUCCCAACAUGA